AACCUAGUGGUUAAGGCCACCAGGGAACUCCUCCUCCCCUUUUAAUAUCCAAAAUACCAAGCCUUCCCUGCUCUAUCACCUUCAUGACAAUAAUGGCAUUUUUUUGUGGCUUGAUUGAAAAAUACAAAUGGUAAGACUCCUGAUAUUAACUCCACGUGGAGAGGUGGGAUGGGGAUGGGUGGACAGGGAGUACAGUUCACAACCCACAGAGCAAAAGCAACUUGCUCUAGGAGGUCUGUAUGAGAGCGGACAGAGGCUGCCAGCAGGGUGGGGACCCAGACUGGCUAUCUGCUCUCCAGAUCCCUGCUCUUGCCACCCCCCUCCUCUGGGUCAGGGCCCUGUUGGUCCUUGGACGGACCCCACCUGACUGGUUCUGUUGGUGAAUUCUUGAUGACCAUUGCCCCAGAUCUAGCUUUUCAUCUGAUUUUGUUCCCAUCUCAUUACUUGUACGCACCUAAACAAGUACUAUAGGAGAGAAGAUGAGUUAGUAGAAACUCAUCUUGAAGGUGAUUUUGAAAGCGGUGCAUUUUGGCCAUUGCCAGGGUCUCUGUAUCAACAGCAUUAUCAGGAUGGCCAGGAGGGGCUGGCUUUAGUCACUGGACAUGAAGGAAUGGCUUGUAACCAUCCUGUUCAUCAUACACGAAGAGGUUGAUUUUAGUUUAAAUAUAUUUGAGUCAUCUUCCCCAGGAAACUCCUGUUUCAUUGCUGUUAUUUUCUUCAUGGAGAUGCUGUGGGAAACAUGACAGCCUUCUUUUGUUAUUCCCAUGGCCCUUCUUUCCUCCAGCCUCUGUUCUGACCUUGCUUACAUGGUCCUUCCUCAGUCAUGUCUCGAGUGCCUGCUGCCUGCUGAUGUCGCAUUGGGCUCAGGGGGUGAUAGAGGAAGCAAAGUGCCUGAUGUCCUGGAGCCCCUGGAGAUGGACAGUUGGAGCUCACCCACACAGUGUGAUAAAUGCCUGAGAGGGAGCCCAGGGUUCAGGGCUGUGAGAGACCGAAGCAGGGCUCAUCACUAGGCUGGGAAAGGGCCAAGGGAAGGGGCCCUUCGUUGAGAGGGUCCCCUUGGAACCUAAGGAUGCGUUGGGUUUAGAACCCAUUCAAGGGGUGAUUACCUAAGUAGGGUUAGAUGAUGGAAGUCAAGCAGGAUUACAGUCCCACCCAGUUAGUAAGGCUCAGCUUGCUUUUCUCUGGGAGCCUUCUGUAACUCUUUCACUCUGUGUGUCCUCUGAGCUCCUAUAGCCCUGACUACUCGAAUCACAUUUUCCAGUGCAUGAGUGACAGAUUCCUUGUCUGUGUAACCAUGGCCAAGCUCCUUAUCCCACCUCUUUGGGUCUCAGUUUUUUUCUUGGUCCUCCAGGCUGGAGUGUGUUACUUAGAGCAGAGCCCACACCCUUCUCCUCUGAUGGCUCAGUGGGCUCCUGGGCUGCAGGGUUCAGACUCUCUAAGGGCUUGGUGGUUUGCCUUGUACACACUGCCUCAGGGGCUUCUCCUAUCAAAGCUCACAAACCAAGAAAGGAACAGAGAUGAAAGAGAGGGAUGGACACAAAAGUUAAACACAGGUACAGCAAUAAUAUCACAGAGAGAAGUAAAAAGCAAAUGACAAGUUGGGAGAAAUUUUAGCACAAAUGAUAAACUAAGGAUUAAUAUCCUCAACAAAGAAUGUAUAUAGAUCAAUAAGAAGAUCCUUAUAGGCAAUUCACAGAUGAAAUCCCAAUGGUUAAUGUGUAUUUGGCAAAAAUGUUCAACUUAUCAGUAAGCAGAAAUAGAAAUGAAAACAAUAUAUUUUCACCUAUCGAGUUUGCAAAUGUGAGAAAAAGAUAAUACCCAGUGUAGGACCUGAAUGUAAAGCAAGGCACCCUUGUAUAGUGCUGAUGGCCAUGCUCAUUGAUAUAGUAUCUGAAAAGCAUUUUGGAAGUGAGUCUAGAGAUCCUGAGAAAUGUUCAUUCUCCAUCCACUAAUUUCACUUCUGAGAAUCUAUUCAAGGAAUGAACGACAUGGGGAAUUUCUCAUGAAAUCAUGUUAAGCAACAAAAGUAGGGCAUAGAAAUUGUAUGAUAUAUAAUCCCACAUACAUAAAUUAUGAAUUUAUGCAUAAAUAUUUUCUUUGGAUGAUUUUAGUGGGAAUUUUUUCUUAUGGGUGAUUUUCAUAAAGAUAAUCAUAUAUAUUUUAUAUUUCUCUUAUUUCCUAUAAGAAGCAUUUUAAAAAAUUAAGGGGGGAAAAGUCUCUGUGAAAUGUGUAACAAUGGAACCAAAUAAAAUAACUUUAGGAGUCAAGGGGUCAAACCACUGGCACAACCUGUCACUUUGCAAGGUUCAGGAAAUACAUGACAUGUGCACCAAAGUGCUCUGUAAGGUGGAGGGCAGAGGUCAACCAGGCCACAUGGCUGUGGUUGGGCUCAUUUGUUGGGUGAGAUCACCUGGCUCUUCCCUGUAAGACAUUAGGUACAGCCUGUCCCUUGGCGGGUCUCAGUUUCUUAGCUGUGCAAUGGUAGGGUGGGAGGGGGGUUGAAUUAAUAAUCUCGGAGGGGCUUGGCAGAUCUCAGCUGAGGCGGCACUGUGUUCUUGAAGAAGAGAACUUUGACUUUGCCAGGUUUCAUUGCCGGGAGGGACAGAGUUCUGGGACCUGCAGCCUCCAGGUUCCAGCUCCUAAUCUGCUCAGAGACCAGUGCACAGACCCUGUUAACUAUUCACGACCACCACACACUGCCUUGCCUUGGCCCUGCUUCUUGGCCACCCUCUCCUCCCAUCAGCCCCUGGACCCACUCAGUUGCAGCUAGUUUGACUUCCCAGGCUUUAUUGAUUCCUAGUCUUUCUGCUCUGGAGGAGCACGAAGAGGAGACUGAACUCUGUCUAGGCUUUGGAACUGUUUAGUGGAGGCAUGAACUCAAAAGCCGUUGGAGACCAUUCCCCUCCCCACCUAGGGAGAGGGUGUCUCCUCCCUCUCAGGCCCUCUGUCUGGAACAUUUUUGAGAUGGUUUGGCUCUCAGAGUUGAGCUCCCUUGACUGUAGUGUUGAGGCCACUUCCUGGUGUGUGGCAGCCCCGCCCCCUCAGCCCACACUCACCUGCGGGCUGACUGGCGUUCACGUCCACACCUGUGCUGCAUCAGCUGCUCAGCCUUGAUAAGGCCUCUUGUGUUCAGACUCCUUUCCAGAAGGUGAAGGUUUAUGGCAUAAGCUGAACUUCAAGCUUCCAGGAAAGACGAUGAGCGAGACUCCCUCUGUCAGCUGCCCCCGACCCCUGCCUGAGCUGCAGCCUCUGGACUGUGAUGCCUUCAGCCUCACCCUCAAUAGCAGGGCUGGUCUCGCGUUGGGGGGCAGAGGCAGCCACCCUGGGGCUGGCCAGGAAAUAUGUCCUCAAAGAGCUCCCCUUCCUGACAUGGGCCUCUUUCUCCUCAGCAGCCAACAGAUGCAUGGAAAGACAGCUUCCCUGAAGAGCACAGAGAAACCAGGCAGGGUCCAGAGACCCCCAGACUCCAGUCUGCACUGGCCAGAAGCCUUGAGGGAUGAAGACAUAAAGAAGUGCGGCCGAGAAGGGACACUAUUGAGUAAAUACAACCAGCAAUACCACAAGCUGUUUAAGGACAUCCCCUUGGAGGAGGCGGUUCUCAAAGUGUGCUCCUGCGCCCUCCAGAGGGACCUCCUUCUCCAGGGCCGGCUCUACAUUUCCCCCAACUGGCUCUGCUUCCACGCUAGCCUCUUUGGCAAGGAUAUCAAGGUGGUCAUUCCUGUGGUGUCUGUGCAAAUGAUCAAAAAACACAAGAUGGCGCGACUCCUUCCCAAUGGCCUGGCCAUCACUACCAACACUAGCCAGAAGUAUGUUUUUGUGUCACUGCUCUCCCGGGACAGUGUAUAUGACAUGCUAAGGAGGGUUUGCACCCACCUACAGCCUUCCAGCAAGAAGAGUCUAAGUGUAAGAGAAUUUCCAGAGGAACCCGAGUGCAAAUCUCUGGAAGUCCUCAUCCCUGAGAUGAAGUGGAGAAAAGCAUGCCCUGUCUCCAGAUCCCUGUCUGUCCCAGACAACAUCCCUUGUAUCCCUCAGACAUCCAUGGACUCCACAGAUGACUUCUUCUCCUCCAGGAAGCCUCUGGGGUCUGAGAAUGCUAUCUCUGAGGAGAAGCUGGAGGAGGAGUCCAGGAGCAAUGGGGAGCUGAGGCACUGGGAUUACCGGCUCCUGAAGAUCUUCUUUGUGCUGAUCUGCUUCUUGGUCAUGUCCUCAUCUUAUCUGGCGUUCCGCAUCUCCCAACUGGAACAGCAGUUAUGCUCCCUGAAUUGGGAUGCCUCAGUCCCCGGGCACAGGUAACAGCCACUUGGUCUUUGUCUGCGCUCCUCCAAGAAGAAUGCUCUGGGUGCUAAAGUGCCACCAACGAUCCCCUUGGUUUAUGCUGCUGCUGUGCUGAGACUGAGUCUGAAAGAAAAUAUUCCAGAUUUCUCCUCCUCCCCCCAACUCUUCCCACUGCCUCCCUCCUUUAAUGAGUGAUCUAAAGCACUUGUUUACAAAGCUCCUACAAUUUUGGGACUCAGACAAGAAGUCAGAUUUUUGGAACUAGCUGAGGAAUUCUGUACACUAAGCUUCAGCUUCAGCAACCACUUAAGUGGAAAAAAAAAAAAAAAAAAA